CUUACCACUAUCCUUUUGAAGCGGGCAGGGAACAGUGCUCAUGCUAUAGAGAUUUGAAAAGAAAAGCCAACUCAUGUUUCCCCUCCAUUUUCAUUACGAAGAUGUUUCACGUCAAGAUCCGUUGCUCAAACCGAAUCACGCCAACGUUAUGGACGUUCCUGGAUUGUGUGAAAUAAGAGUAGUACCAAAGGCAGCACCUUCUGAUUUCAUAAUCCAAAAUGGAAAAUUGGCUAUGGAGAUUCCGUGCGGUCAGAAAUUUAUACGGACACGCAGGGGCUCGAUAGGAAAGUCGUUUCGAUCCAAUCCAUUCUUGGGGUCAAAUAAAGACAAAGGAUAUGUCAAUGACCUAGCACGACAAAGCACUCUCCGAGGGCAUGGAAUGUUUCAUUUUUUGGUCAGAAUCUCGACAGUAAUGUCUCUCUUAGAUUCUCUGGUGGAAAUACGGGAAAACUCCAUUCAAUUCUCGAUGGAAACGGAGUUUUGCGAAUUCUCCCCGGAACUAGAAGAUCAUUUUGAGAUCUUCGAACAUAUUCGAGGGUUCAAUGUAACUAUUGUCACUUCAGCCAACACACAAGAUGAGACUUUACUACCGUGGAGCGGCUUUUUGCAAAAAGAUGAGGGUCAGUAAGAUGCCGGAAAAUCGAAAUAUACGAGAUCACAAACGUGGAUUGCUCGCAGCUAAAACAAAAAAGACGUUAGAAAGCUUUUUGUAAAGAUCCCGAUACCGGUUUUUCCGGCUCCGUGACCGAAAAGACCUAACGGACUAAUCCCUUAUCUCGAAUCGGAGAUGCUAACGGGGCGGGAAUCUAAGUGGGGGACCCCUCUACCGCCGGCGUCUAUCUCCUGUCAAGUAUGCUUUCCAGACAUAGACUACGUACAGGGUAGUACUCUUGGAAAGAUAGAAUCUCACCGGGUAUAACAUUUUUAAAUAAGUUACGAAAGUGACUCCCGAAAGAUCGACCACUAUUCUAAAUAUAGUAAGGCGGAGAACUCUUGUUCAUUGGAGCGCCGGAGUGCAGAGGUUGUUCCCAUCAUUGAAGUCCGAGUGUGGGACUGAGCCUUCCGAAUGAGAAAGACAAUAAAGUGCUUUGUUUCGUUGGAAAAACCAACGCAAAAAAAAAGAUAAAAUUGACUUUCAAAAACCUACUUCUAUAGAUAGAAAAGGUUGGAAAGAGUUACUUUUUCGAAUUCCCUCCCUUUAUACGCUCU